AUGUAUCAAAAUAUGAUAACACUUCAUCAAAUGGAUAAAAUUUUAUACGAUUCACAACGUCAAGGACGCAUUUCAUUUUAUUUGACAAAUACCGGUGAAGAGGCUGCACAAAUUGGUUCAACAGCAGCUUUAGAAGAUACAGAUCUAAUCUAUGGCCAAUAUCGUGAAACUGGCUCAUUACUAUAUCGAGGCUUUCCUUUGGAAAAUUUUAUGCAUCAAUGUUAUGGAAAUGCUAAAGAUAUUGGUGGUGGAAAGCAAAUGCCAAUACAUUAUGGUUCAUCAGAACAUCAUUUUGUGACAAUUUCAUCAACAUUAGCUACACAAUUACCACAAGCUGUUGGUUCUGCUUAUGCAUUUAAAAGAGAGAAAAAUGGACGAAUAGUGUUAGCAUAUUUUGGUGAAGGUGCAGCAUCAGAAGGUGAUGCACAUGGUGCAAUGAAUAUGGCUUCGACGCUUAAAUGUCCAGUAAUAUUUUUUUGCCGUAAUAAUGGUUAUGCAAUUAGUACACCAACAACGGAACAAUACGGCGGUGACGGUAUUGCUGGUAAAGCUAUUGGAUACGGUAUUCAUGUGAUACGGGUUGACGGUAAUGAUUUGAUUGCUGUAUAUAAUGCAACAAAAGCAGCCAGACAAAUGGCAAUGGAAAAUGAGCCAAUUCUUAUUGAAGCUAUGACAUAUCGUUUAGGACAUCAUUCAACGUCUGAUGAUUCAGCUGCUUAUCGUUCAAAUGAAGAAGUUAACAUCUGGCAACAGAAUGAUAAUCCAAUCGUUCGAUUUCGUACAGUUCUUCAAAAUAUGGAAUGGUGGAAUGAUGAAGAAGAAAUGGCAUAUCGACAAAAAGCACAGAAAGAAAUUAUGAAGGCAUUUUUGUAUGCCGAAAAAAUACCAAAACCAAAUAUUUUAAGUAUGUUUGAUGAUGUUUACAAGGAAAUGCCGAAAAAUUUGCAAGAGCAACGUGACGAACUUGCAGAGCAUUUGAACAAUUAUGGAAGAUACUAUCCAAUGAAAGAUUUCGAAGGCACUUAA